GCCCUCCUCCUCCUCCUCCUCCUCCUGCAGACUGGCGGAGCUCUGAGCGGAGCAGAGUGAACUGAACAUCUCGGUGUCUCCUCACCACCACCACCGGAGAAGGAGCAGCGGGACUCCUCGCCCCUUGUAGCCGCCGCAGACGAACACAUGAGCCGCUUCUCUUCAGGGCAACACCGGGAGGAGGAAAGAUAAAGACCCGGUGAACAGACCCGGAGCACUUUCUCCUCCAGCAGCCGCUGAAUGCUGGAUUGUGGACGGGUCCUCCUCCGUGUCUCCCCCCCUGUCUGACUGCAGGAACCUGUCCGAUGACCUCUCCUCCAACAGUGUGAUGCGUCAUGGCUCCGGUGCUGAGUGGAGUGUGGUGGGGGCCAGAGGCGGGCGUCGUCGGGUCGGGGGCGGCAGCUGCCACCGGGGUGGCAUCGUGGCUUGGCAGUGAGCAGCUGGUCCUGGUUGUCACCCUCAGCACCCUCACUGUCCUGCUACUGGUGUCCGUGCUGCUGCUGCUCUGUGCUAGCUGCCAGGGGCAGAAGAAAGCAGCCAAUGGACAUCAAGCAGGAGACCACGACAACCUCAUGAAUGGAGUGUCAGAGAGAGAGACGAUCAGCCAAUCAGCAGAGAGUCCGGUGACGGACGUGGGCGUCAGCAGCUCCCACAAUGGUCCUCUUACCAGCGGUACAAUCCUCACAGACACACAGGACACCAGUCCUCAUCCGUCUGAGGAGAUGCUCUCCAGCCAAUCAGAGCUCAGGUCCUCCAAGUGUCCUCAGGACCGUGAGCUUCCCAGAAUCCCUCCCAACAAUGCCCUUAUCGGGGACGGACCCCCAGCCUCAGGGGACAGCACCUAUGAGGUGGUGAAGGAGAUUGCAGUGGCAUCACGUGACGUCAGUGUUGAAGACUCCCUAUACGAGACAGUCAAGGAGCUCAAAGACCCCCCCGCCCAGCUCGGCCUCCCCAACGGUACCAUCGAGCUGAGCCCGGACAAAGCUCCCCAUCAUCCCCCUGCCCUCCUCAAUGGCCACCUCAGCCCCUGCACACCUGAGCGGGUUCCCCUGUGCGCCGGGGUGGAGUACGCCUCCAUCGACCUGAAUAAGAAGAGCCGUCACAGUGCUGACAUGGAGACCAAAAGGCGCUCUGAUAAUGCUGCCAUGCCUUCUCUCAAGCCUCUGGAGGAACCAGAGGAGGACUUACCUCCGCCGGUACCAGAGAAGGUUCUGGAUGAAAAUGACAACCAGCCGUUGGUGAUAAAUGGGCUGGAGGGAGCUGGGCUACACAAUGGAGAGUUACACUCCCCUCUGUCUCCUACAACAGGGUUCGACAACCACGUCGUUCUGUCAGACAAUGAGUCCGCUGUGUAUUCUACACUCAACCAAACAAACUGUGACAAUGCUGUGAACGUGGAGAACGAGGAGGACAAGGAGCACGACUACAGCAGCAUCGCUGAACUCAAAGGUCUGGUCCCGGCCUCUUCCUCCAGCGACCUCUACGCCACCGUCCGAGACAUCUACAACCAGCCCGACGAGCCAGAGGUGGGGGAUGACCCCAACUUGGACAGCACAGAUCCCGGCUACGAAACCAUCCGCAUCCCAAAGACUAGCAGCUCGGAUGAUGACGGCAGGGACAGGCUGGAAGCGGAGGGGUCAGACGCCGGCAGAGUGCCAGAGCCUGACUAUGAGAGCGUCGGGGAGUUGGGUCUUGGCCGGGAAGCGUCCCGUCUCUGAGUCCUCUCCUCAUCAUCGUCAUUAGUUUGGACAAAGCCUCCCAUGUGAUAUGUCUUUGCUUUGAACCUGCUACCAAGCAUGCUUUUGGUGCAUGACUUGGGGAAACCGGCAGGAAACGGCUCACCUAACUGCAUCCAUCAUCAACACAUGAGUUUCCUCUUAGCAGCUCGGGUACGGUUUGUCACAUCUGAACUUUUAAUUUAUCACAUGGGGUCAGCAUCAUCGGUAAUCAUAGGCCUAGUAAUAAAUGAACUGUUGUACCUCGGUCACUGGGCAUUCAUCAUGUGGAAGACUGCACAUUGGAUCUUCAUUGAACAUCAUCUCCACUGGCACAAUCAUGAACACUUGAUUGUGUUGACCAAAAAAAAAUGGAAUAAAUACACACAUGCAGCAUUUCAAGGGGUUAGCCGAGGACUGUUCCUGUGAUGUAAAAAAGAAAAAAAAAGAAAUCAGUGCCAUACACUCAUGAAAUUCAUGCACUUACUGUUAAAGACUGAACAUCACGUUAUUUUUACUCCACGUCGACAGCUGCUAGUGGCUUUCUAGCGUCCUCCAGGUGACAAGUCUGCGUCAUGUUGUAUUGAGGUUUGAUUCAUGGUUAUUCCUCCACUGUGCAUCCUCUGCUUGAAAUCUAUGUGAACGGAAUCUGGGCCUAGAAAAGAAAAACAAACAUCUGAUAGAUAAUACACCAUCAAAAUGACUCUUAAACUGUGGGUCAAAGUGGUAACAGGUCAGGGGGGGAUAUGAAACUAGUCAUCCGCAGAACCAAAAUGGAAGCCAGAGAUUGAGGAAGGACGUCAGCGUCACAUGAGCUUUCCCUUUCGCAAUACAUUUUUCCAUGUAUUUUUUUACAUGUUUUUCAGCCCUUGUCAGCAUUUUUUAUUGAAAUUCAUAUUUAUUUUAGGAUGCAUAUUGUUACGUAAUUG